AUGGCGAACUUCGUACUAGGCUCAGUCUUCGUCUUCCUUCAUGUACUAGGUACCAGCUUUGGCGGCGACUCGUGUUACGAGUACAGCUUCUCACUAGGACGCAGGACAUACUACGCCUUUUGUGAGAAUGGUUGUUGUGGAUACCAGUACGACCGUGAGUGCUGUGACGAUGAUGGUUGGGUUGUUGGCAUCAUCAUCGGCUGUGUCGUGGGCGGAAUCAUCUUUCUCAGUUUAGUCGCGUCUUGCAUAAUUUGCCUUGUGUGUAUGACGAAUAAAAAAGGCAACAGAGGCCGCGUCAUAGCUCCACUUUCACAACAACAGGAAACUACCAGCUUGUCCUUCGUAAGUAACAAUACGUCAUGGGCUCACACCAGUGCCUACCCACAGCCUCAGCCUAUAGGAAAUCCCACGGCAUACUCCCAAUAUGGACAACCUAUGGGGCAAUUUCCACAGCCGCCAUCUUACGAACAGCUGUCCGUCCCCUCAACAGCGCCUCCGAAAUAUCCUUCGACGUCAGAAAUAUACGAAUCUUCCAAUCACCUACCACCAAUAGGAGGCAUUGAUACUUACAGACAACAGUCUUCAUCAGCACUUCCGCCAAUCGGACACAGAAGUAUAGACACCUCUACUAUGUGA